UGUCCCCUCUUCGCAUACAGAUUCCUAAACCGUGCAGCACAGAAAAUUGAAGGAGACAUCAGAUCAGAUGGUUCCAUUGCAAAACCAUGGAGACUAAGCACAAUGCAACAGGUCGAAGAUUUCAAAACAAUUAUAAGAAUUUUACCAUUAUGGUCAACAAGCAUAUUCUUAGGUACCCCAUUAGCAGUCCAGACCAGCAUGAUAGUCCUGCAAGCUCUAAGCAUGGACCGUCACAUUGGGCCUCAUUUCAAAAUGCCAUCUGGCUCCGUUAUAGUCAUUGUCCUACUUUCCACAGCCAUCUCUCUCACCCUUAUUGAUAGGUUCUUAUGUCCUGUGUGGCAGAAGCUGACUGGUCGAUCUCCAACGCCCCUCCAACGUAUAGGAUUAGGCCACGCGUUAACUAUUCUUAGCAUGGCUCUUUCAGCACUAGUAGAGUCAAAAAGGCUCAAAUUAGCCAAAGCGAACCACCUCCAACCUGUUGUACCAAUGCCGGCCGUGUGGCUUUUCCCGCAGUUGGUUUUGGCAGGUAUUGGAGAGGCAUUUCAUUUUCCUGGACAAGUUGCAUUGUACUAUCAAGAAUUUCCAGUGUCUCUUCGAAGCACAUCGACGGCGAUGAUCUCGUUGGUCAUUGGGAUUGCAUUUUAUUUAAGCACAGGUGUAAUUAAUUUGGUUCAGAGGGUUACAGAGUGGUUACCAAAUGAUAUAAAUAAUGGGAAGCUAGACAAUGUGUAUUGGAUGUUAGUUGUUGUUGGGGUGCUCAAUUUUGGUUAUUAUCUAGUGUGUGCUAAGUUGUACAAGUAUCAAAAUGUUGAGGGUGUAGAUGUUAAUUCUGGCUCUGCUGAUAGUGAAAAGUGAUGUUGUCAGUCCAAUAUUA